UAUAUUUCCAUUUCAUUCUCUCUCCCUGUCUUCAAGUGGAAAUGCAGAUAGAGAAGAUUAAAGAGAUCCUUUAAUCGCAAUCGCAAUCGCAAUCGCAAACAAUGGCCAUCAUAGAGAAGAAGAAAUGGUGGCUGAGCAAUCGGAAGAUCGCAGGAAAUUAUGUCAGAGAAGCAAGACGCUUAAUCGCGACUAAGAACAACACCAACAUUGCGUCUGCGAUAAUAAUUCUGGAUACUGCUCUGUCUCUUUCUCCUAGUUUCGAUCUGGCAAUGGAACUCAAGGCACGAUCUCUCCUUCAUCUCCGGCGUUUUAAGCAAAUCGCGGAAAUGCUUCAGGAUUACAUCCCAAGUGUAAUCAGAUCGAACGAUUACGAUGCUGAGUGUUCUUCCUUAUUCUCUUUCUCAUAUGAUCAACCUUUAUCUGGAGAACAUGUCAAACUUCUUCCUAAUUCGUCUACUCCUGAUCAAGAUAUUGACCACUUGCGUUUUAACUGUUUCUCAAUCUACAAAUUGAAGAAGAAGAUCAUGGACACUCUCUCUAAUAGCUCUGCCGUCGAAGAACAAUGGAGGUUUUUAGUAUUGGGACAAGCUUGUUGUCAUUUGGGAUUGAUGGAGGAUGCAAUGUUACUCCUUCAGACAGGAAAACGCUUGGCGGCGGCGGCGUUCCGUCUGGAGAGUAUUUCAUGGACGGACGACAGUUUUUCUCUUUCUUCACCGGAGAUAACAACCGGCGGCGAAAGCUUCUCAUCGGAACAGUCGCCGAAGACAGAGUCAGAAAACAUUACCCAACUGCUUACCUACAUAAAAUUCCUCAUCCGCCGCAAGAGUGCCGCCGUCGCCGCCCUAGACGCCGGCCUAUACUCAGAAGCCGUUCGUCACUUCACGAAGCUAGUUGAAGGCCGUCGCCGUGCCCCACAAGGGUUCAUCGCCGAAUGUUACAUGAACAGAGCUUUGGCUUACCAAUCGCUUGGUAGAAUCGCAGACGCAAUCGCAGAUUGCAAUCGAACGUUGGCGCUUGAUCCUUCAUGUUUGGAAGCUUUAAGCAUUAGAGCUUCUUUAUUUGAAACAAUCAGAUGUUUACCGGACAGUCUUCACGAUCUUGAACAUAUGAAAUUGCUUUAUAACUCAAUUCUCCGUGAUCGAAGACUUCUGGGACCGGCAUGGAAACCGAAAACAGUUCAAUACAGAGAAAUUCCAGGAAAGCUUUGUUCUUUAACGACGAGAAUACAAAAAUUGAAACAGAGAGUUGCUUCUGGAGAAAUUGGGAACGUAGAUUACUAUGGUUUGAUCGGAUUGAGAAGGGGAAUUAAUCGGCGUUCUGAUUUGGAAAGAGCCCAUUUGCUUCUAUCUUUACGGCAUAAACCUGAUAAAGCUAUUGGGUUUCUGGAAAGGGUAGAGCUUGCUGAAGAAGAAGAAGAUGGAGUAAUGGAAUCUGUUAAGGAUAGAGCAAAUAUAUCAGCUUUAUGGCUUUACAGGUUAAUUCUAAAGGGGCAUAAUUCUGUAAUGGCAACAAUAAUAAAGGAAGAAGAAGAAGAAAACAAACAUCGACGAGUCUUGAAUACAUCAUCAUCAUCAUCUUCAUCUCCUCCGGCGGUGUUUCAGGGCCGGGUAUUUUGCAGGGAUCUUGCAGAGGUCGGGAAUUUGCUUUCUCAGGCUGGUUUUAAUCAUCGUCCGAUUCCGGUAAAGUAUGAAGCUUUGAGCUGCUGAUUUUGAAUUAGACAAAUAUAUAUAUAUAUAUAUAGUUGUGGUGGUUAUUUAGAUUUUUUUGUUUUUUUUUUUCUAUUUAUUAUUGCCGAUGAUUGUUACUUAUUUGCCGUCGACAACA